GCGUUAGCGUUGUUGAUCUUACUGAAGGUUGAAACUAAGUGGCGUUCCGGCGCCGCGCGCCCGGACAUCACACGCUUUGUGACCCCCACAGGCACAAUCCAGCUUUUCGACACAAAAGCACAAAUCACCUCCUACCCUUAGAUGAGGGCAAUGCAAGUGCGGACGUCACUCGCAGCUCGAACCAUGCCAAGAUGUAAAGCGGCCUUACACCAUGGAGAAUGCCUCGUGGCCAUGGACGGACGGCAACCCGCAACAGAGGAAUCUACAUCUUCUACCACGUGCACCUCCCGGAAGCCUAGCGCAGGUAAUCGGAACGACUGGCGUUGAAAGCUGCUGUUCUGUUUGUAUAUUUGAAGAC